CUCCAGCCAAGACCCUCCAAAGAAACCAACCUACUGAAAACCAUGACGACUCUGCUUCGUCUGACUAUCCUCAUCGUGGCUGUUGCCGGCGUACUCGGAGGCUCCAAAAGGGCGGCUAGGGCGGCUACGCCAGCUACGGCGGCUACACCGGCGACGCCGGCUACGGCGGCCACGCCAGCUACGCCAGCUAGGAAGGCUAGGGCGGCUACGCCGGCAACGGCGGCUACACCGGCUACGGCGGCUACUCCGGCAACGGCGGCCACGCCGGCGACGGCGGCUACGCCGGCUACGGCGGCUACUCCGGCAACGGCGGCUACGCCGGCUACGGCGGCCACGCCGGCUACGGCGGCUACGCCAGCUAGGAAGGCUAGGGCGGCUACGCCGGCGACGGCGGCUACACCGGCCACGCCGGCUACGGCGGCUACGCCCGCUAGGAAGGCUAGGGCGGCUACGCCGGCUACGGCGGCUACACCGGCCACGCCGGCUACGGCGGCUACGCCAGCUAGGAAGGCUAGGGCGGCUACGCCGGCUACGGCGGCUACGCCGGCUACGGCGGCUACGCCGGCUACUGCAGCUACGCCAGCUAGAAAGGCUAGGGCGGCUACGCCAGCUACGGCGGCUACGGCGGCCACGCCCGCCACGGCGGCUACGGCGGCUGCGUAGCCGGGCGCCUAAGGCGCCUCCAGGCUCGGAUACGGAAGCAGUCUGAGCCAUGGAGGACUGUGCAGCGGAC